UGCAAUUUGACAUUCCCUCGCAAGUAUGAGCUGAACCGCCAUAAAAGCACAAUCCAUGACAGGAAGGUCAGCAUACUUUGUUCAGUUUAUGGUUGCAGCCGAGUAUCCCAACCGUUCCAUAGGAUCGAUAAAUUCAACGAGCAUUUCAGAAAGCAUCAC